AUGGCAUUCAAAUUCAUUGCACUUUUCGCAUUCAUCGCUGCUGCAUCAGCACUCCCUCAACAUUAUUAUGAGCAACCAGCUCUCGUAAAGUCAUACCAACCAGUCGUGAAACAAUUUGUUCAACCAAUUGUUAAGAAAGUAGCAUAUGAGGAACAUGAAGCACCAGCAAAUUACGAUUUCGAAUACUCAGUUCAUGAUGAACAUACUGGUGAUGUUAAGUCACAACAUGAAUCUGCUAAGGACGGAAAUGUUGAAGGAUAUUAUACAUUAAUCGAUGCUGAUGGCUAUCGUCGUAUCGUCCACUACACAGCUAAUGACGAACAAGGAUUCAUCGCUAAAGUUGAACGUGAACCAGUUGAGGGACACAAAAUUGUCAAAGUUGCUCAACCAGUCGUUACAAAAGUUGUUGCUCCAGUUGUUACAAAGGUUGCCGUUCCAGUUGCCAAGGUUGCAUCUGUCCCAUAUGUCCAACAAUAUGCUGCUCCAGUUGUUCAAAAAGUAGCUCCAGUCCAAUAUCAAGGAUAUGACAAUCAUGAUUUUUCAUCUCAAGUCUCAUUCCAUGGUCCAUCAGCUAGCUACUCAUACUAA